AUGGCUACUCCAAUAGAUACAAAAACAAAAGACAUUUUAAAAUGUGUUGAAUGGAUGUGGCAGGCAAAUCUGGAUCCAUGGUCAAGUUCUGAGCCAGCCAAAUGGAAUCAUUAUUCUGAUGUAGAAAAACUCAUUAUUGAACGAGCAUAUUCAAAUGGAGAAGAGCGAGUCGUAUUAGAUGAUUAUUAUAUUGAUUUCAAAGCAAGUCGACAGAUAUCAAAUAUAGAUCAUUAUAGGCAAAGACCUGUCAAACGAGAGGUGCGUAAACGAGAAGAUAAGCAUUUACGAGAAGAACGUUUCGUAGAUCCUCCUGUUAGUACAGAACGUUUAUUUGGUGGUGAAUAUGGUUGGGUAUCACCUUUCGUAAUCGAAGUUAGAAGAGAUUUAAACCUUGAACCAGAAGAAUUACCAUCAAAAAAACCAGAGAUGAUACCGCAACUUGUUGAACAAGCUGCAGAAGGUAUUAUUAAAGAAGGAAAAAUUAUCAGAAAAGAAGAAGAAGCUAAAGAGUUGGCAAAUAUGCUACGAGAACAAAAGAACAAUGGAUUUGAACAAGUAUGGCAAUGUUGUGCUUAUAUGUAUUCAUUAGAAAGUUUUCUUUAUAAAACAUUAAACACAACAAUGAGACUAGUUGGAGACAAAAAGCAAGAACAUGUAUGGAGAAGUAAAAUUCCUACAUUAGGUCCUUUUUGUUUAUUACUUUGGGAUGAUCCUUGCAAUAAAAAAGCAACAACAGAGAAAAUACUUUAUCGAGGAGGAAAUCUAAAUCGUGAACAGAUCGCUAAAUAUGAAGAAAUGGCUAAAAGUGAAGAUACAUAUGGAUCAUUUCAAGCAUUCACAUCAUGUAGUCGUAAUCGUAAAACAAUGGAAGAAUUUGGUAAUACAUUAUUUAUUAUGGAAGUAGUAAAUGCUUUUACUGCUGAUUUUGUUGAAUUAUCUGAAUAUCCUAAUGAAGAAGAAGAACUUAUUACACCAGGUGUUUCUUUUCGUGUUAAAAAAGUUGAAUUUGAUCAAAAGAUAAAUAAACAUUUAAUUUACUUGGAACUACGACAACGAUGGUCGAGUAAGCAAAAAAAGAAAUAUUAUUUUUUUCUAUGA